AGAAAAUUACAAGUAUUUCGGUUUACUUUAACCCAACAAUAAACACUUAUUACGCAGUUACGCUUAAGUGCUCAACGCUCUUCAUAGCGACAUCGGCUUCAUACUUGGAGUCUUUGACAACACCACUGGAGUGCUGGAGGGUAGUUGAUAGACAUCUUGAACUCCUGACCAACUAUGAUUCACACAGCAGUUGACACAUUUUACCUAACAGAUGAGCAGCUUAAGAACUCACCUUCUCGAAGAGAUGGAAUAGAUGAAGCCACUGAGAGAACCCUUCGAAUCUAUGGCUGUGAUCUUAUCCAAGAAAGUGGAAUUUUAUUGAAACUACAUCAAGCUGUUAUGGCCACGGGUCAAGUACUAUUCCACCGUUUUUAUUGCAAGAAGUCGUUUGCUCAUUUUAAUGUGAAGAUAGUUGCUGCUAGUUGUGUUUGGCUUGCCUCAAGACUUGAACAAUGCCCCAGAAAAGCCGGGCAAGUCCUCGUUGUUUUCCACAGAAUGGAAUGUCGGAGGGAGAAUUUACCCAUAGAACAUUUGGAUACUUCUUCAAAGAAAUAUGUUGAUCUGAAGGCAGAUUUGUUUAGAACAAAAAGGAGUCUUCAAAAAGAGAUGGGUUUCAUCUGCCAUGUUGAACACCCCCAUAAAUUUAUAUCAAUUUAUAUUACAAUUCUUGAGAUGCCUCAUGAAUUGAGACAGGAAGCAUGGAAUCUUGCAAAUGACAGUUUGCGCACAACAUUGUGUGUUAGAUUUAAGAGUGAGGUUGUGGCCUGUGGAGUUGUUUAUGCUACAGCCCGUAGGUUUAAAGUACCCUUGCCUGAGAAUCCUCCUUGGUGGAAAGCAUUUGAUACAGAUAAGACUGGGAUAGAUGAAGUUUGUCGAGUUCUGGCCCAUCUAUAUAGUCUUCCAAAGGCACAAUAUAUACAUGUAUGCAGGGAAGGUGUUUCAUUUUCAACAUCAAAUAGAUCAUGGGAUUUACCCUCUAAGCCAAUGCCUAAGAUUAAAAACAAAAGGCACCGAUCAUGUCAACCCAAGAAAUUUUCGGCAGCUGCAGCAGCAGCUUGGCAACAAUCCUUUGGCAACGACAGCAGCUUGGCAGAAAGGUACAUAGGCAUGCCCUAUGCUUCACAAUCUACUUUACAGCCUACUUUGAAGUCUGUUUCUCAGCCCAAAGCAAGAGGUCCCACAAUCUGCAAAAAACUGAAAAAGAAGAAAUUAGAUGAAGAACUAUCAAUUGAGUUUGACAAGCACAGUAGGCCAAUAGGCCAAUAUGGAAGGGAGUUUAAGUCCUUCCUUGGUACUUUGGUUCGAAGUCAUGUAGAUAUUAAUAUUAGCAACUGGCAUAUAGUGGAUAAAGACAUUAAGGAUACAAUUUGGGAAGAGAUUAAGAGGGAGUUCAACAUUCCAAAUGAUGAAAAGAAACAAACAGUAUUAAGAGUUGCGGGACUGCGGUGGAAAGACUUUAAAACUAGAUUAGUGCGUGAUUUUAUUUUUAAGAAGCACCCAAGAUAUGAAUCUCCCACACAGUUAUAUGGCUUCUUAACUGAUGCACAAUGGGAGAAAUUUGUAGCAAAUCGUGAGACUGAGGAGUUCAAGGAGAAAAGUCAGCUGGCAAGGGAACGAUCAUCCCUAAACAAGCAUCCACAUUUUUUAGGGUCUGGUGGAUAUGCUGGUAAAAAGUCAGAGUGGCUUAUAUCAGACCCUCUGUCUUCACAAUCUUCGUGUGCAUCUGUUAACUCGAUCAUUGCGUCUGAUGAUCGUAGUUUAGAUUGGAUUCGGGCAAGAUCUAAAAAAGGAACUGAUGGAAAUUAUUACAUUCCCAAUGAGAAAACAAAGGAGGUGUUUCAAAAAAUUGUAGAGAAGUGUGAAGAAGUUAGCCAAGGAUCAUUUCAACCAAAAAGACACCAUGAUAUAUUGUCAGCAGUUACUGGUAAGGAGGAUCACUCGGGCUUUGUGAGAGGUAUUGGUGUAUAUGUCACUAUUAGGGAUGUUUUCGGCAAGCCAGACCCAGAGGAGAGAAAAGCAAGGUUUGCUUCGGUUGAAAAUCUUAGAGAGAUUAUCAAAAAGGAAGUUUAUACUGAUAUUGCUGAGAAAGUCAAGCAAGAAACAAUAUCAGCAAUGCAACCUGCGAUAGACAUCCUAAAUGAUCAGCUCAAGUACUUAAUGAAAAACGCUCCCCAACAGUUUCCCGUUGAUCAGCGUGUUCCUUUUGAUCCACCACUUUCUCGUAGCAAUUGCCACUCAGUUGAUCUAAAUUCAUUUAGCAUGAUUAAGAACCCAACUCGGUGUCGUCUUGCCUUAUGUCCUAUUGGUGAUACACCAUUAGUAGUUGCAAGAGGGAUAGCUCACCCAAUUAGCUCUGACACUAUAGUGCAAAAUCAACCAUUGUUACCUAAUCAUGUAAAGGUUUUGGUGGAUGAGGUUGUUAAGGGUGCAGAAGCAUUUAUUCUACCGGUGAAAACUCAACACUAUACCAACUUGGGAGAGAUCGUGAGAAAUUUUACACAAUGGCCUAUGCAUUUAGUUCUUUUAGAAGAUGAAAAUAUAAUAAUAAAUUCAAAAGAACAAAAUGAAGGAAUGAAUGAACAGAGUGAUGAGCAUGAUGAGCAUGAUGAGCAGGAUGAGCAUGAUGGGCUAUCUACUACCAAAGCACAACCCCUCCUUGUUGAUGAUGAUGUCUUACAACAUUUGGGAAAUGAAUGCAAGCAACUAGUCACUUUGCUAAAAUCAGUGCCUCUCAAUUUGGACUACUUCGAGUUGGAGCUUGAGUAUGCAAUCUUCCAUCAUAGAAAUGUGAAUGCCAUUUAUGUGAUGAUGGGGGACAUUAAAGACUUAUUGACGAUGAAAUGGCUUGAUGUGUCUAUUAUACAAGUGUUUAUACUGUGUCUUAAUCGGUUGUGCAAGCAAAGUGGAGUCAACUCAAUUGGGUUUAUGUGUCCAACACAGAUUUCGAAAGCUAAUGUUGACUUAAAUAUUGAUGUUGUUACGACAUAUAUUGCUCAUGUCAUGCUUCAACUUAAGAGCCAUAGAUUCAUUUUGGCACCAUACCAUCAAGAACACCAUUGGUUGUUGCUAGUGAUUUCUAUUAAUCCGAAAAUGGUAUACGUCUUAGAUCCUAUAGAAUGUGACCGCACCCUAGAAAUCAAGCCAGCAUUGAAUAUGGCAUUUCGAUCAUUUUCGAAUCAAAGAGGGCAAAGGGCAAGAAACAUGGUUGAUUGGAAGAAAGUUCAUUGUCCUCAACAAUCAGGAGGUGUUGAGUGUGGAUACUAUGUUAUGAGAUAUAUGUAUGAGAUCUGCACAAAAUAUUCUGACUACACUUGUUUGGAUAAGGCAUUUCAAGAAGCUAAUGCUUACUCCAACAAGGAAAUCAAUGAGAUACGCAACAUGUGGGUGAAAUAUUUUAUGGAAGAAUGCAUAUAGUUUUUAAUACUAUAAUUGAUUGUAGCUAUCAAACUAUAUUUUAUAUAUAUAUAUAUAUAUAUAUAUAUAUAUAUUAUGUAUGCAUGUAUAUAUAAUGUGUCAGGUUAGAUGUGUUAGAGUAGUGUAGUUAGCAAUAUAUAUUAUGGAGCAUCUGAUUUUAUAUUAAAAAUUAUGGUUAUUAGAUGUGUUUGAUUAAA